CAGCACUACUAAUUGUUGCCUGUCGGUUAUCCUAUUAGCGAGAUCUCUUCUAUUAUCCUAGAACUAGAAACUAAGUAAUUGGCCCUUGGAACUGGCAAUUUAACUCUUGUUACCCUCACCAUCAACAAACUUUAACCCUCAGAAAUUCAAGUAUGUAUCAAGUCUCAGCGGAUGAAGUACCUUUUAAUUUUCCUCCCUUCUUCCGAGUCUACAAAGAUGGCAGAGUCGAAAGAAUACAUAAACAAGUCUGUGUCCCACCGUCCAACAAUCCUAAUACUGGCGUCCAGUCCAAGGACGUCGUGGUUUCACCCGAAAACAACGUAUCAGCCCGGCUUUAUCUUCCCCAAAUCACUGAAAAAAAUCAUAAAUUUCCCCUUCUUGUAUACAUCCACGGCGGUGGCUUUGCAGUAGAAUCAGCAUUUUCAACCACUUAUGAUAAUUACCUUCACUCUCUGGUAGCUGAAGCCAAUUUGGUUGUCGUAUCUAUCGAUUAUAGACUAGCCCCUGAAAAUCCACUACCUGUUUGUUAUGAUGACACAUGGAUUGUCUUGAAAUGGAUUGCUAGUAUUGGUGUCACCGAUGAACCAUGGCUCAAAUUUCACGCAGAUUACUCUAGAGUGUUCUUAGCCGGUGACAGUGCCGGUGCCAAUAUUGCUCAUGACAUGAUGGUUCGUGCAAGUGCUAAAGAAAAUCCACUAGGCGAUGGUGUGAAGAUUGUAGGAAUGGUAUUAAUCCAUCCAUUUUUUGGUAAUAAUGAGCCUGAUUUGUUAUGGACAUAUAUUUGUCCAGAAAGCUCGGGUUGUGAUGAUCCAAGGCUAAACCCUGCAGCUCAUCCGAGUUUGUUACGAAGUCUUGUUUGCAAAAGAAUUCAAGUUUUUACAGCGGAGAAAGAUUUUUUAAGAGAUAGAGGCAGAACUUAUUACGAGGCUUUGGAAAAAAGUGGAUGGAAAGGUGAGUUGGAAAUUAUGGAGGCUGAAGGGGAGGAACAUGUCUUCCAUUUGAAUAAACCAACUUGUGAGAACGCUGGCUCCUUGAUGAAACGGUUGGUCGAGUUCUUUAAUCAACCCUGAUGAAAAAUAUUGUAACAGAUCAGGUUAUGAUCAAAAUUACGUCUUGUUUUCGUUUCAAUAAAUUAUCUGUUUUAGUUUUUUGGAAUCAAGAGAAAAUUCAAAGUGUCCAACUU